AAAAAGAAACAUUAAAGAAACCCCGAACAGACCCAGUGGCCUGGUGCAGGGGUGCUGGUGGCAGACCGUGCUGGAGGGGGAGCACGGUGACCCUGGCAGCAGAAUGGGGCCGGACUAAGGUCGUGGCAGGGCAAUGGCAGGGUGUAGGUGGAACCCAGGCAUGCCUUGCGACCCGUUGUGGAUAGAGGGGAAGACUAGCAUCUCAGAGGCAAGGAGGGUGCGUGACGAGGGACUGAGUUGGGCAGUGUCCAGAACCUGUGGUUCCCAGCGGUGGCGAACUGUGGUGAGGACGGAGGGUCCCGGCACAGGUUUGUGAGGGGCAGUUGUGUGCAAGAUGCAGAAAGGGAGAUGACCACGGGAAGCUUAGUGUGUGGGCUCAGCACACGAGGACAGUCUGGACUGAGACACCAGGGCUUGUCAGCCUUGGGGCACUGAGGACCAGGAGCCCAGGCCGUCCCUGGGCCUUGGGCACCUUGGCAGUUACCAGGGUGGGGCUGGACCCCCAGUAGGUCGCCGUCUUAGAAGCGGCCGUGUUUCCAAAGUGCAGAGCCCCACUCGGCCCUCGGGGUCUGAUUCCACGGGUCUAGAGUGGGGCCGAGGGUCUCUUAAAGUCUCUGAGAUUCCGAAGUGAGCCGGGUCUGCAUGGCACUAACGGGGCUGAGCGGGAGUCAAAGAAAGGGCCCCACAGCGCGCUCUCAGCCUGAGAAGAGCCUGUCUGCAUGCUGUCACGCUGCAUUGGUUCAUUCAACAUAUUUAUUGAAUGUCCGCCGGUGGUGGUUGGGGGUUCUGCAGUGAACAAAACCAGUUCCUACCCUUGGCAAGCUUCCACUCCGGGGCACAGGUGGCAGGCUUUGCCACCAAACUUGGACCCUCCCUGCCCGGCCUCGGGGCGGUGGCAGGACCCGUGGAGCCCUGGGGCCAUGGCACUGGAAGCUUUGGGGAACAGUGGGGAGGUCCCUCGGAGCGGGCUCACUGCCAGUGGCAUCUCUGAGCAGGCUGAGCGGCCUGCUCUGGCUGGCAGGACAGUCCUGGCAUCGCUGAGGGAGAGCAGGUGGGGACGGCUGGGGCUCUGCGUGACCUCCCCGUGUGCCACACGUUGGGCACAUACGUAUGUACACCUCACAGAUGAGGAAACUGAGGCCCGCAAUUGUGACAUGUCCACCUAGCAAGAGGCCAGGCUGGGGUUUGAACCGAGAUCAGACUCCAAAGGUUUGUGCCCUGAACUCUUGGGCAGUGACACCGAGCCCUGGAACUAAUGCCCUUUGUGAGGUGGCCCUGGGAGUUGGCAGUGGUUCCGUCCUGCUGGGGGAGGGGCAGGCAGAAGCCAGGGUCAGGGACCUGAGGAGAUGGUUCUUGCCAUGCUGGGGGCUCUGUACCCCAGGGCCGGGCUGAGCCUCUUCCUCCUGGACCUCGUCUUGGCAGCCGCACUCCUCGGCCCCCAGCCACCGAGGCCUCAGCGAUCUGUUCCUGAAGAAUUUUCAGGCCCUCUAGAACUCUCGCAGCCAUUUUCCGGCCUGGUGGAUGACUAUGGGAUUCGACCCAAGCAUCCCUGGCCGCGAGGGCCUCGACCCCUGCUCUCCCAGGCCCAGCAGCGCAAGCGGGACGGGCCAGACAUGGCAGAGUAUUACUACGACGCACACCUGUGACGGGAGCCCCUUAUAAAGCUAUUCUGGGCAGCAAA